UCUCUCUCUCUCUCUCUCUCUCUUCUACAGUUGUGCGCUUACUAUUUUUCUACUUUCGACUUCCACUGCUUGCCCAGUCUCCCUUCUCCGGCCAUGGCGUUCAGUGCUCGCAUGCCUCGCGACUUGGCCUUCGCGGACCAGCAUCUGACCGAUGGUCCCGCCGCCAUCAUCGGAUCCGUUGAUUCCCUCGACAGCGCGGCGGAGCCGGCAGCGAAGCCCUUCGCCUUGGCUGCCGCCGCCGGCGAAGGGGGCGGUCCCUCCUGGCUCAGCGCUUCCUCCCUCUCGCACCACGGAAGCGUCCUCCAUCUCCAGUCCCAUUCCGACUCAUCUCCCUCGCCUGGGUCUGCCGUGGGACAGUGGUUCCCGCGCUUGCCUGUGCUGCGCCGGGAUGCAUGCGACGACGAGGAUCUCGCUGCCGAUGACCCCGCGGGGGAGGAAGGGAGCGGCGGAGGGGAGGUGGGAGAGGGAACGUGGCGGAGCGCGAGGUACAAGGCGGAAAUAAUGGCUCACCCUCUGUACGAGCAGUUGCUGUCGGCGCACGUCGCGUGCUUGAGAAUAGCGACGCCGGUGGACCAGCUGCCGAGGAUCGACGAGCAGCUGGCGCAGACGCAGCACGUCGUGGCCAAGUACUCCGCGCUUGGCGCUCAGAUGCUGUCCGACGACAAAGAACUCGAUCAAUUCAUGACACAAUAUGUCUUGCUACUCCGUUCCUUCAAAGAACAGCUACAGCAGCAUGUCCGUGUUCAUGCAAUGGAGGCAGUAAUGGCUUGCUGGGAGCUUGAACAAUCACUGCAGAGCCUUACAGGAAUUUCUCCUGGUGAAGGCACAGGUGCGACCAUGUCAGAUGACGAUGAAGAACAGGAUGACAGUGAAGCAAACAUGUUCGAUGGCAGCCUGGAUGGAUCAGAUAGCAUGGGCUUCGGUCCGUUAGUACCAACGGAGAGCGAGAGGACCUUGAUGGAACGAGUACGACAAGAGCUGAAGCAUGAAUUGAAACAGGGAUACAAGGAGAAAAUCGUAGACAUCAGAGAAGAGAUACUCCGAAAAAGAAGAGCUGGAAAACUCCCCUGUGAUACCACAUCAACAUUGAAGGGCUGGUGGCAGUCCCACUCCAAGUGGCCAUACCCUACUGAGGAAGACAAGGCACGGCUCGUGCAAGAAACAGGAUUGCAAUUAAAGCAGAUAAACAACUGGUUCAUCAACCAAAGGAAAAGAAACUGGCACAGCAAUCCUACUUCAUCAAGUACAUCAAAGAGCAAGAGAAAAAGCAAUGCAGGUGAUCAGAAGCAACUUUGACAGCAAAUUGUUAGGAUCCUCCACAAUGAAAAGAAGAUUAGUUUUUCAAAGCUCAAUAAAACGAUGCAGAACGACCAGGUUGAGAAUCAAAAUCUUUUAUCUGAGCCACACUGCAGAAAACUGAUAAGUAGUGCUGUAAGAUUAGAUUAUAGACAUUAGACUGAACGAUCUUCUCGUAGUCUUCUUCUCCUUUUCUCAAGGAAGAUGUGUAUUUGAUCAGGAAGAAACGAGUGUGAUUAAAUUGAGUAAUACUUAAUCUUCUCCUCGCACGUUGCACCA